AUGAACAUCCAUAGAAAAUGGAUUGAACUACUGAACGAAAUUGCCGAAGCACCCACCGAAGAACUACAGUCUUGUCCUUCAGAACUUCUCCGAGGAGUCCAGCACAAGCUCUGCGCCAUUUCGACACCUGACGAUGGUCAGGAAAACAUUGCAGCUCUUGGAGCAUAUAAGCAGGCGGCGUGUACCUGCAACAAAGGAGCAGCACCAGGCUGUACGUGGCGAUCUGGAUUGAAUUCCUCCACAGCCACUGAAUCCACGGCCACUGAAUCCACAGACACUAAACAACGCUUGCUUCAAACUGUAUUGCAGAAAUCCAAGGCAAUAUCGAAAUUCCUGAAACUCGAUCUAGAAAAGACCUUUCAACAAGGCGUUCAAGUGCAAGGAGUUGAUCCUCGGAUUCAAGACAUCGCCAAACUUGGAGAGAAAACAAAGUUUGACAAAAUUCGAUGGGUAUUCGGUUGUUGGACUUUGUUCCUGGACAAUAGGGAAUGGAUACGCAGCAAGACACCUCAUGAAAGCUCCGUCAAGAAAUUUACCGAGUCUUUAGGAUCUACAGCGACAGGUGUUGUUACUUAUGGCCUUAAAAUGGGAGCCAAGGUCGAUCUCUACAUUAAAGCAUUCAAGGGUGUUGCAAUCAUGCCACUCUUACCCUUCAUUCCAUGGCGGCGAUUAGACCACCGGGAGGUGUCUGCUUUUGCCAAACUAUGUUAUGAUGACAAAACCAUCAAGGAAUUUCUGGAGACCGGGGCUCAAGUCUAUUCAGCAAGCGAAAACAUAUUCCGCAUGUCUAUUCAGAAGCGAAAUCUCAGUGUACAACAAUUGGUUCCCGCGAAACGUAUUAGUCAGGAUGUUUGCGAAAAUCGCCAUCGGAAGUCUCAAAAGGCGUCCACAGCUUCUGCAGCUCUACAAUUCUAUUCUUCACCAUCAGAUUUCUCGAGCGGAAGCAACGGCAACCUUAAUACGUGCGCCAGUACUUCUAUUUAUGCGCGGAACGUGGAGACUUCAACAUUAUCACAACACGAUGAAUAUCUGAGCAACCCAUCGGCACCUAUUGACGGCUACCUCAACUCUUAUCCGGGACACAUCGAUAGCUCCCUCAACCCUUACCCGGGGCUCAUCGAUGGCUCCCUCAACCCUUACCCGGGGCUCAUUGAUGGCUCCCUCAACCCUUACUCGGGGCCUAUCGACAGCUCCCUCAACUCUUACCCGGGGCCUAUCGAUGGUUCUCAGUUGGAAACUCCUGAACAAAGUUUAGGGGAUGUGGACGGGUCUCGCGCUUUGUAUUUGGUUGCUCAAUCAAGGGGUAUAGACACUUCUCCUAUUCUGUAUCCGAGUGGAGCCUUCAACGAUUCUCUCUCCUCGAUGGUACAUGCCCAAAAUAUCCCCAUCAACAAUCCAGCUUAG